AGUCUCUUAUAGCGUCUUCUAUUGGGAAAAACUCGCUUGCACUGACAGCACUGAGUGCUUGAAGCGUAUUUCAUUGGUAGUAUUACCAAAAAUUAUGAAUUAUGUGGAUACUAUUCACUUAAAGACCGAUGAUCAGCAUCAAAGAAUAUUUUCGCGAGUUAUCUGCCUGACUCUGUACAUCAUUCGUUCUGUGUACAUUGUUACAAGCUGCAGUCUGAAAGUGACACUGAGUGCGGAGUUGCCGGCCGUGCUCCGGUUUGCUCUGGCUUGCUCCAACUUUUUGCCUCCACGUAAGUGUGGUGUCGGCCAUACUAUCCUUCCAGGACAUUUACUGCGUACAAGACCCAUACACGCAUUUAACACAACACGUGCAAUUUAUUCAUCUCCAACUAUGGAUCCAACUAUGGAUUUUGCCAUCGACGACGCUUUAGAAAAGGAUACCCGGGACUCGUCCCUACCUAAAGAGGAAUCUAGCAAUGAUAACGUUGUUGAUAGGGUUCGAGAUAUCAUUUAUCGAAAUUGUAAAAGAAGCCAGUCUUCUUUAUUGAGAAGCUUAUUUCCUCCUAAAAGAUCAGCAUUGGAUAUUCAUGGAAAGGAAGAUCCUCGGCUAUUAAACAAAUAUG